AUGGCGAAAGCCCGAGAUGUGGCAACUGCAUCCCCUUAUCAGCGCAUUAUGGACAAGUCACACGCGCUGAAUAAGGUCGCCGUCGGCGAAAACGAGCAAGAAUGUUUCUUUUCGGAUACUGGACGAUAUAGUACGCAUAAGAAACCGAUCCGAAGUGCUCAAAAACGCGCUGAUAUUCAGACCUCAAUUCGCGAGAGAAGCGAGGCGCUUGCGGAUCCGGCUGGUACAGUAUGGGCUUGCUGCCUGGGCGCUGAGAUAUAUUUCGCAGAGUUGUUGAAGAGCUUGAAGAAGAGCGAAGCUCUGGGCACGUCCUUGAUUAAGAUCGAGAACACAUAUAGUGAAGUAUUCUUUUGUCGGUGCUUCGCUACCAAGAAAACAUGUUUCAUCUUUCGGUUCGGAUGCAUUGUCGCUUGGGAUGUCGACAAAGACCAGCGCGAAGAGCUUAUUCGCAUCAUGGAUCCUUUCGUGAAGGAUGCUCUUGGAUCAAAAAGAGAAGACGACACCAUGAGUUACGUAUGGUCUGAGAGAGCAACAAUCAAGGCUGACCACAUACACUUGGUGACGCCUAAUAUGUUCGAGAGGCUGGCAUACUCAUAUGCGUUCGCUCAGAGCGUAAAACUGGCGGUGUUUGAGACAGUUGUUGAUGAGACAAUCGAGAGGACUCGGAAAAUUCCAGAGGGUUUGGCUAAGUCCGGGAAAAUCAAUUCAACCAGAGAGGAUAUCGGCAAACGGAUCGGCGAACUGUUUGUAAACCGGUUCUAUAUCAACUUGCACACGGACAUACUCGAUACUCCAGAUAUAUUCUGGGACAACGACGACUUCGCCGACCACUAUGACAAUUGUCGAAGGUAUCUGGAGAUUCCUAAAAGAGUCGAUAUCCUUAAUCAGAGACUUGACAUCAUUAAAGAUCUUUAUGACAUGCUGAACAACGAGCUUACAAUACAGCACGGAUACAAACUGGAAUGGAUCGUCAUAUACCUCAUCUGUGUUGAGGUGCUCAUAGAAGUUGUCUGGAAUAUCCUUAUCAAGGACAUACUGAAGUGGGUUUAG